AUGCAGGCUUCCCUUUUGGCGGUUGGUACAGACGACCGAGAGGCCCCCGAUAACAAGCGCGAUCAUGUUCAAGCCUACGAUCGCGCUUACGAGACCAGUGAUUUCCCUCACAAUAGCACAAAUAGGACCGAAAUGCCCUCAAGUCUAAAGGAGAUCCUCGAAACCAUCUAUACUCUCACCCCCUCUACUUUUAGCAACAAUUUUACUUCACCCUCCCAGAUUGCCAACGCACACAGCCGUGUGAUCUCUCUUCAUUAUCCAGAAGCUCUUGAACUUAUUCACGGUACCCUGCGGUCUAAUAGCGUCGAAUCCUCGAGGCUCAAAGUCGAAUACUACCCCGAUGAAGGCUAUGUUCGAUUUAAGAUGCCCGAGUCUGUAGUGCAUACCACACUCCACCGCAAGUUCAACUAG